AGACGAAAACAAUUUUACAGUCGUCAGUCCCAAUUCGGAUAACGAGAACUACCAACGGCUGUGUAAAUCAUGCAUCACUUGCGUCUGUUGUGUGUGGUUCUCUCAUAUUACGGGUAUAUAGUUCCUAUUUCCGGGGGUUAUUUGCCUCCCGAGGACUUGCCGACUCCGCAGGAACAGAUAGAAGAAUUGCGGCAAAUCGUUGACGGACUCGCGAAACACCAGAAAAUUCAAGACGCGGAAAUAGCAGAGCUGAAAAGGCAGAACAGCGAUUUGAAGAGCGCAGUCAGUACCUUGAGAGAUGCGUCGAACGGUGUGUCCUCGAGGAGAAUACGUCAUGCAGAGACUCUCGGGGUCGCCUUUUCAGUCGCCCUAACGCACCAUCUUGUAAAUCUAAGCCGCGGACAAAACAUCGCCUUCGACAACGUCAUCACUGACAUCAACAACAGCUACGACGUCGCUACGGGGAUAUUCACGGCACCGUUGACUGGUCUCUACGUGUUUGGGGUCACGCUAUUGUCUUACAACAGUCACAACUCCCUUUUCCACCUCCGCAAAAACGGCCAGAUCGUGUACCCCAUAUAUGUUGGAGGGCUCGGAGGACAUAGUUAUGACACCUCGGGUAGUAUGGUUGUCGUUUCGCUACAGCCAGGAGACAUGGUGUCCGUGCAGAAUUGGGAUCCGAACGAGGCUCUGUGGGGCGAUGGGUUCUCUACAUUUUCUGGGUUCCUUUUGAAAACGGAAUACUGAGUACGGUAAUCGUUUCCCUGAACAUAACUUCAGCUUGAAAUAAACUUUCUUAUAAAGCUUU